AUGUUCUCAUCGUCGUUGUCAUCGUCAUCAGCAACACGUAACACCGUGUCGCUCUACCGCUAUGACCUGACGCAAGGGAUGGCGCGCAGCCUCGGGCCAAUGCUGAUCGGGCAGGCCCUCGAGGGCAUCUGGCACACUUCCAUCGUCGUGUACGGACAGGAGUACUACUUCGAUGGCGGCGUCGGCAUCGUCGGCGACCCGAAUCCGGGCCACACGCGUUUUGGUCAGCCGUAUCGCAUCGAGGUGCUCGGGCAGACGGCGAAGAGUGAGGAGGAGUUCUUUGCGUGGACACAGCAGCAGCGCCGCGCCGGCUUCGGCCCCAACGACUACCGCAUUUUCGACAACAACUGCAACACCUUCUCGGAUGCGGCGUGUAUGUAUCUCCUCGGGCGUCACAUCUCGCAAGACGUGCUCGACAUGCUCCCCACGCUGCUCUCCACUCCCCUAGGGCAGAUGCUGCGGCCAGUGCUAGAGCAGGCCACGUCCAGUGGUGCAGGCAUUGGUGGCACUAGCAUGGUCGCUCCCGUCAGCUCUGCCCUCGCUCAUCCGCCACCACCGCCGACGACCGCAAGCGAUUGCGACAUGUGUGUUGGGCUACUGAGCACCCGUCAGACGGUGACAGAGACAGAUGAGGAGGACUUGAUGAUGGCGCAGGCGAUGCUGGAGAGCAAUGAGACCAUCGCGGAUGGGCACCUUAGCCCCGCCGAGGCGUUUGAAAAGACAAUCAGUGGUCUCACACUGCUGCGCACAGUAAUGCGGAAUAUUUGCGAGCACCCCAGCUACGCCAAGUACCGAGGACUGUCCAUCGAGAGCACCGCUUACCAGACAAAACUGAGGCCGCUCGAGGCAUAUGGGGUGACGGAACUGCUGCGCAUUGCAGGCUUUCGCCGUCGCUCGCACAGCAGCGGCGCUGGCGGUGUGCAGUGGUUCCUGUCGGACAGCGACGGCAGCGAAGCUGUGCUGCGUCGCGUGGCGGAGGUUCUCGAGGCGACCAUUGCGAACAUCCAGGGCGCUGCCGACGAGGCGGCCAAGAGGCGAGUCAGGGAGGAGAGCGACUCCUCAGCACAUUUGCCACGCCCCCCCUUAUCGCCUACUCUUGUAUCCAGCGUUGCACCGGCAGCGGGCCAUGCUGCGGCAUCGUUCGAGAUGUCGUUGCCGCCUGUGUCGAAGGACGGCGGUCAUGUGCAUAAGAGCAGCGUGAUCCAGUUUUGCUCGCCACCGUUUCCGGAGGACUGGACUCCGCUCCCUGUUGGCCAGGAGUCAGGGGCUCCACUCUUCUCUAUUCACUGCCUAGCCACGAGCUCUGUGGACGGUCUGUACUGCUUCGGCAAGUGCCGCCUCUCAGAAAACCAGCAGCAUGUGCAGGCGUACUACUGCAGCAGUGACGGCCGGGAAGUUGAGACACGCGGCGGGUACGAGGUGCUCUGCGUGCGGCGCGGGCAGGAAAAGGCGCUGACGUGGGUCCCAGCACCGUUGGCGUCCGCUGCGCAAACUCAGCAUAACUCCCGGUUUAUUUUUUCGGGCUACGGCCGCUUUGGUGUUGUUCGGGCGGAGUAUGGAGGCGGCGUGCACCCGGGUGUCAUGGAGCCGUCGGGCCGCUGCGUGGUGCCCUACGGCGGGCGCGCGGUGAUCGUUACUAACGACGCCGAGGUGCUCUGCGAGACGGCGAGGCUGCCGGCGGCGGUGCUGCAGGAGUUACAGGGCCUUGAGCGCGGAACGUAUUUGGCAGAGUUGUUGCGUGUCGCUAGUGGCCAGCCGAUUAACUCUUUUGAUGAGCUUCUGAACACAUGGCGACCACCAACGUUUUACAUGAGGCCGCGUUCACUGUGUCCUCACACCGUUCUCGAACCGAAGUCGGUGGAGUGGGGUGGAGCAGGGGACACCGCCAAGAGGAGUGCGACCGACGCUACAGGUCCUGAAUUUUCCUCCGCCGGCACUGAGUCAACGGCACCCGUUGCGUUGCCGCCGGCGACGCGCUUGCUUGUAUGUCACGACAUGGCUGGCGGCUACACGCGUGCUGACCGCCGUGCCUUUCUUUGCGAAGGUGCCCCAGUAGGGGCCACCCCAUCUGCGGCGGCGAUGGAAAAGGAUCCUAGGGCCACUUCUUACUCAUGCCUGCAGACGGUGGAGGGCGCGUACACGGUGAGGUACUGGAGUCGCGUUGACCACUUCGUGUACUUCUCGCAUCGACGGAUUAGUGUGCCGCCGCGCGAGUGGAUCGACAGCGGCCACAGCCACGGUGUCCCAGUGCUCGCUACCCUGAUCACCGAGGGAGACAGCAGUGCUGCGGACCUGAAGCUGCUCUUGACGGAUGCGAAGCGCAUGGCAACCAUUAUUGCUCGCCUCGUUGAGGUGUGCGACGCCUAUGGCUUUGACGGCUACUUUAUCAACAUCGAAAAAUGCCUGCCAGCGAGCCUGGCGAAGCGCCUCGUCGUUUUCUGCACACUUCUCCGCAAACAGCUGAACCGCCCGUCUUCAGCGACGCGUGGCGCCUUAUCUGUCACCCCCGCCACCAAUCGCCUCGUCAUCUGGUACGACGCAGUGACCAUAGAUGGGAGUCUGAAUUACCAGAACACACUCAACUCCCGUAACAAGGCGUUCUUCAACGUUAGCGAUGGCAUCUUCAUCAAUUACUUCUGGGAGCCAAUGAGCCUGCCGCUGAUCAAUACAGUCGCCGGCAACCGAGGCGCUGAUGUUUACGUUGGCGUGGACGUGUUUGGCCGGCGCAUGUAUGGUGGGGGCGGUUACAACACGCACGUCGCUGUCGCUAAAGCCACGGGCGCGCGCUUGUCAGUGGGGCUCUUCGCCCCUGGCUGGACGAUGGAGCACGAGAGCAAGGGCAAGCGCGACGGAUUCCACAUUGCAGAAAGUAAGAUGUGGUCCCGCGUACAGGAGAACUUCCCUUACCACGUCCGGCUCAUCUCACCUACAGCGGUCACUGCAGGUGCUCCGCAACUGUCCACCACAGACAACGCACAAGCUGCCCACGACGGACCAGCGCUCUGCGCGUGGACCUCAUUUCAGUCUGGCGUAGGCUAUGACUUUUACGUCAACGGCCGCCGCGUGACCGGCGGCGGUUCCACGGCUUCCGUGGUGGGUAUCAGCGGUUGGUGCGAGCUCUCCGCUGCGCACAGCCUCCCUCCGUUUCUCUUUGAGGCGCCUCCGUCGGCUCCGCCGAGUGGAGCGCUACCGCCUGCUGCAAGAGAAGCCGCGUCGAGCCACCCCGGCCCCUUUGCCUCAGUUCCCAUUCGGCUGCCGGUGACACCUCUCAAGGGCAACAUGUAUGGCUGUACCGCUAGUGCAGAGUGGCGCUACGACAAGGCGUGGUUUGGCGACUGCCAUCUCGCGUGUUUGGUGCCAUCAAUGGGGUCAGUCGAAGUGCUACGGUGGUACGUGCGUGACGCGCUACCGGCGACUUCCUUAAUCGAACUUCACAUUGAAAUGGUGUUUGACGAGACGGACGCCUCCGAGGAAGGGCCGAAGAUGCGCCGAGGGCUGCGGCUGGGGCUGUUUUCCUCCACACGGGGCACCUUCCAGGUAUCCAUCUGGGAGAGGGCUGCCGUGGCGGCUGCGGUGGCGGUGGAGGGCGUGAGCGGCCUCGUUGUUCGUGCGUCGCGAUCGAGAGAGGGUAGGCAUGAGGGCGAGGGCAACCCGAUAGGAGUCACCUGGGGAUGGGAGCGGGUGCACUAUCAGUUGUUUAACACCUCAACAGAAUCGCUUCACUUGACGUCCAUCUCCAUUGCCAACGGAGACCCCUGCCAAACGCUGAACUGCGGUGUGGGUGGCAUCGCCAUCUCUCACUGGCGUGUCACGACGCCGAUCGUGGCCACUGGUGCAGACGUGCAGGCAGUCUCGUUGGAGAGACCCUCUCUUUUGUGCGCUCAUGGUCCACAUUCCUGGACGCCCUACUACACCUUCCGAACGCGAAAGGCCUCCGAGCAAGUGCUUACUCUUGGAGGUGCGGACGAUGUCUUUGCGCGUCUUCGCGCCAAGCACGGGCUCCAUGCGACUAUUAUUGUGUUUGCCAGCGUCGCCAGCGCGACGGCAGAGCUGGGAGUAAACGACACUACAAGCGCAGAGGAGGAUGUGCAGGCUGCCGCUGUGGUGCCGUCUGACGCAAGACGUCGCGAGGAAUUCCACACAAUGUAUGUGGGGCAGUACUCUAUCCAUCCUGAUGCUGGCACCACGUACGAAGGUUCCCUGCUCAUUCCAGUGUCACUGCCGUCUGGCGUAGCUGUCGCACACGUGCAGUACUACACCGUACAAAAUGGCUACUGA